GCUGUACGUCACCAGAAAUCUUGAGCGCACGUCUCAGGAAUUCCUAUGGCGUAUGAUUUGUUUGCCGUUCCAGUUACGCGUUCUUAAACAAACGUGAUGACCUUGAAAGUAAUUCGAACGCACGUAAUGUCACAAUAUCAGUAGAAAUUGCCACAACAGUUGGGUGAACUGUUUCCCGAGGAUCUUUCACAGACUUUUAUAAGCUCUGCUCGCGGGGUCAACAAUUGUAUUUGAUGACAGCGAUUGCCCUGAGGGCGGCGAAUGGUGACGUCUCACAACAAGCAUUUCUAGAUGUCAGUGAAUUUCUGGCGACGUGUUCCAGUCUAAAGGGACAGAGUGAAAUAGACAAGCAUUUGCAAGUCCCCAGGCAGUGCUAGGAAAACCGAUUGACGGCCUAGGUAUUACCGAUGCUUGCCGUACUAGCUUCUGGAGUUAUGGAACCUGAAUUGAACUCAGAAUCAUCACACGUCGGGAUUUUGAAGCAAGAGCAUGGCCCUGCCACACAGAGUUGUUCAACACAAGCGUCUGCUUGGGGCAUGGACGAUCCAGUUAGCAAUACAUACAAGCGACCAAUGUCGAACGAGUCAUGCGAGAGGAAUCAAACAGAGUCAGUUCAUCUUCAUAGGAAAAUAAAGAAGGAACCAAAGGACGACUACGAACUAGCCGAAGAGCAGGAAAAGUUCGACGGAACAAGUUGUGAUUCAUCUCCGACACAAGUGUACACGGCCGAGCCACCAAACACGGCUGCGACUUCUGAGCAAUGGAAACAAGUCGAUCCACAAGUUUCUAUGUCACCCGUAUUCGAGAUGGGUCUAGCAAGUUUUACUGCCGAUGAAUGUCGUCAGUUUAACGAGAACUGUAAGCAAUGUGUGUUCAACGAUGAGAGGAGUACUGGUGCUGAGUCACUCUCGCUACAUCGACGCCGGCAGAUACGGGUGUUCGAACAAGGUGGUGAAGAACCGCUGAGUAAAAAGAUUCGUGUGUGGAAAGAGAAGCGCCUCGGGAAAUCACCCGUUGUUCGAGCGUUCAAUCAAAGAUUUAUUAACGAAGACCACGAAAUUAACCAUGAACCAACAGAAGCUGAUUUAUCCACAUUCGACCGUGGACUUACACAUGCAUCACCACAUGUGCCACCCUUGCCACGUGCACAACUUAUGCCACCACGCUUCUCACAUAGAGAACACGUUGUCCCGACUAUAGCGAGCGAACAUCACGUGAUAUCACCACCAGGCCACGUGAUCACCAGUGACCAUCGAAUGAUGUCUCCACCUGGUCAUAUUAACAGGACGCGGGAAAGUUUGUCAUACCCAGGUUUAGAAGAAGGCAAAAUGAUAGGAAAUAAAAAAUUUAACUACCUUCGAUAUUUGUUAACGCAUAGCACCCCAAACACAGAACAAACAGAUGGUAGGGUCCAAUUUCAAGGAGGUCCCAGUUUGGUUGCUACGACAACUGAAGACCAGCAAACCACUGUAUGUCCAACUACUAUGCCCAUUGUACUUACCAGUCCUGGAGUCGUACCUCAAGAUUAUAUAACUGAGAUAGGAGAAAAACACCAACGUGUACCUUUGCCAUUUGUCAGCAGCACAGCUUUGGAGGACGCGUCAAUGAACAGCGAUAAAAGGAAACUACGUCACCAUAGUUUUGGUUCAAAUGUUCUUGAAAGAACAGAAAAUGACAGUUGCGAUAGCACAACAAUAUCUAUGAGUAAUCGAAGCAGAGCAAACAGCAAUCGAAGUAGAGCCAAUAGCGCUUCUUUGGAAAAUAGUACGGAUAACGACGAUUAUGACGACGAAUUUACGACAGGAGACAUAAAUGGAAGCAGAACCAUCGUGCCACAAAUCGACUGCAUUGAAGGAAACCGCCACAUUUCAAUGGCCAACAGAGAGCAGUAUAUUUCUGAUAUCCAAAGACCAUACUGUAAUAUCCCUAAUGAUCAUCAAGUUACCCACAUCAAUGGCGUUAUGUCGCUACCGGCCACGCGAGAAACAAGAUACGGUAUCACCUUGGGUGAACUUAAGCGCAGAACUGGUUAUCCAGAAUACCUGACAAGAGUCGAUUUGAUUGCCUACGUACGACAGUCAAAAAGUGCCGGUCGGGCCUUGUUGGACAAAUACAAUAUCUCUACAGGGUCAAAAUCCCGACCGACUAUACUUAGCAAGAUGUGCGAAAAUGAAGCCAGGGUGCUGGGUGACGGCAUUUGCCGAAUGAAUGACGAGUACUUUCCGUGGAAAACGUUGGCGAAGAUUGCAUCAAACAAAGUAACUGAGGGAAAAGAUGUGGAAGAGAAAGUACAGCAAAAGUUGAGGGCAAUUCAGAAUACAAGGACGAUGUUAAAGGAAAUCUACGACCUUACUGUCGAAAACAAAGAUAAUCAAUGUAUGAAAACAUUUGAGGUUGCUUCGCACACUUUCGGUACGGCGAAUAUUCUGAAUCAUCUCACGAUCUUUGACCGAUUGUUUUCCGAAUAUCAGAAUACUCUCAUCAAAAAUAACAGCGAAGUGUGA